CACACACACACACAUACACACACACCCAGCCCCCUGUGAUGCCAACCCCUCCGUACCCGCACUGCACGGCAUGUCUGUCUGUCUGUCGAGGCGGUAUAAUCUAAAACUAAACCGGGUUUUAAUGGAGCGCUCGGUUUGUUGACGGAGAUGCGACGGUGCAUGGGGAAAAGACAGUUAGUCUCCGCGGCGGGAUGAACUAUGAUCGGCGAUAAACGACAAGAGGAACACGGAGAAGGAAAUCUGAGUCAACAUAAUCCAUCUGGACACCGAGGGGGGAGAUGAGGACCAUGAUGGCUUCGAUGAGAACAGCAUUAUUCGUUUUUCUACACUGUUUGCUCCAGUGCGUUGUGUGUCGCGAUGUACAUGUUCCCACUGGACCCCUGUACCGUGUAGCAGGGUUCCCCCUCUCCCUGCCCUGUGCCGUGUCAGGAUACGAAGGCCCACGCACGCAGGACUUUGAGUGGUUCCUGUACAGGGACGAUGCUGGUGGGAGGCAGAUGGGAGUGGUGUCCACCAGGGAUAAAGGCUUCCCCUAUGCCCCGUUCCUGGCCCGGGUGAGGAACGGGGAGGUGAGGGUGGACAGGGACUCUGGGGACAACGUCCGGCUUGUGAUCCAGAGGCUCCGGGCUGAGGACCAGGGGAAGUAUGAGUGCUACACACCUAGCACGGACACCACCUACCAGGGCAACUACAGCGCUACAGUGACUGUCAAAGUGAUCCCCGACACACUCCAGAUCAGCUAUUCCCGCUCGCUCACUAGCCAGCCCGUGCCAGAGGGGGCCGAAUUAACGCUGACGUGCUCGGCCGGCAUCCAGUCUGAGCAGCUCACCCACCUGUCCAUCAUGUUUGGGAAGCGCGGCGGCGGAGACGGUACGGGAGGCGGAGCGGGAGAGGAGGUCAGCACCGUCAGAGAGAUUAUCUCCAUCGACAACAUGCUGGGAGUCGUGCCCGGACGUUCUUACAAGAAGCGGUACGACGAUGGAGAGAUCACACUGGAGAAGAGGAACGGGGAAGCCGGACUUGGGGUGUACGUGAUGAAGAUGAGAGCGGUGCAGCCAGAUGAUACCGGCGCGUAUUUCUGCGAGGCAUCGCAGUGGAUUCGGGACCGCGAUCGUUCAUGGCAGAAGAUUGCACAGAGGACGCUGGAUAUCGGCAACUUGACUGUUCAGCAACUAGCGGAGUCUCUGAGUGUGACAUCCUCGCCCAGAGGGGAUGUGACCCUGCAGGUCGGUUCCCCUCUCAUCCUGACCUGUGAGGUGUUGGGGCUGCCGUCUGAAGUAAACUCAGGCCUGCUGGUUCAGUGGAUGAAGAGGGGCUCUGUAAGCAGCGAUGAAGUCGGGGCCGGGGGAGUCGAGGUGGAGGUGGCCCGCAUGGGCACAGACGGUGUCGUGAGCUGGGGGGACGACCUCAGCAGAGCCAGCGGCGGUUCUAUGGAGAAAGUGUCAGAGACGAAGUACUCUCUGAAGCUGUUCUCGGCCCGCCCCGCUGACUCCGGGGUGUAUCGGUGUGUGGUGAGUGUAUAUGCUGGAAGGAGAGACCCUGGCCCAUCUAUUCCAGCCACACUCACCCAGAGGUCUGAAGGAGUCACCGUCAACCUGAAGACCAAAGAUGUGCUAGUUUCUGCUGUGGCUCAGCUCCCUCGAGGCCCGCUGUUAAAAAGAGGCAGCACCGUCACCCUGAUCUGCAACACCACCAUAACGACCACAGGUCCCGCCCAGGCACAGGUGCAGUGGCUUCGGUGGCCAAUCCCUGAACCAGUUCUCAAGAGGCCAGGGAGCCCAGCAGCUGAUGUUACUCCGCCAGACUCCCCCGUUGAAGAAAAACCCAGUCUGGUAGCUGCUCUCACGUAUGACGGUGUAGCAAAGAUCUACAUCAACAAUAGCGAGGUUAGCAUCGACCGCCUGUCGGCCGUCAGCUACAGACUGAGGGUCCACACGGCUACCAUGGAGGAUCAGGGCAUGUACACAUGUCAUGCUGAGGCGUGGGGGCAGGACCCGCAUGGAGGCUGGUACAACACGGGAGUCAAAGCAGAGUCAAAUGCAGUGACGGUUUACCUGUACGCCCGAGCUGCUGACCUCCUCCUCAUCCCUCUGGUUAUUGGAGUGUCCUCCGCCUUGUUCGUGGGCAUCGUCAUCAUCGCAACUGUAACCUGUUGCUUCAUGAAGCGCCUGGCAAGACAGCGUGCUCGAAAAUAAGGGUAAAAGCUGGGUGGAUCAGCCGGGGGGGGAUGAACUCUCGCAAGUGUGGUUAGGGUUAAGGUCAAGGGUUAAGGUUAGGGUUAGGCGCACAAUGAAGAAACACAACACGUACAAAUCUCACAAGAGUUUCGCAAAUCGGCCCUCCGGCUGAUCCAGUCUAGUAAAAGCCCAAAACUAAGUGUCCACUGUUGCUGCCUGUGUGAAAUCCGGAUGUCCACAAAGAGGCACAAAGAGGAAAUGCACUAAACAUAAUGGCUGAAAUGGCCAAGAAAUGACUUCAAAACAAAAUGAAGUGAAAAAUAACAAUGUCACCUUGUUAGCUGGUUUUCUGUGUUCUGACCUACCUGUUAAACAGUCAAUGCCAAAAGAUUCUGUUUUAUAUUCUCUUGUAUUUUUAUAUCCAAAUUUUCUCUGAAAACAACAUAUUUUAAUGCCCUAGAUUUCUGAAGCCAACACAUAGCAACCCCUCUCUACUCCUCAAGUGGGCAAUGAUUUCUCCCUUUCCACACCAACCCUCUUUUUAUGAUCCUUUUGUUCCGGCUUAUCACUCUGUUUCAACUGGAAACUGGUCAAAUUAGAGGUCCAAGAAACACCAUUUCAUCAUGAAUGAAUGUGUUUUAUGACAAGGUCAAAAGUAAAAAAAAGGUAAUGCAAGUUCACAGAGAUACUCCAAAGUGAAAAAGUAUUAUUUCUUUAGGGUACUGUUACAGAAAGAUGGUACUAAACGCCAUUCAGCCUCAAGAUUGUAUGUUGCUGGAACUGUAGAUCAUCCUACAGUGACUACGACAUAGACAAAGAAUAUUCUUUUUUUUUUUUCACAAACUGUUGAUACUCUUCCAGAUGUUCCUUCUCCAAACUGCAUGUUUUGUUUUAUGUUUAUGAUUAAAUGUACGUGCAUGGUUAGGCCGCUAGCACUGCCACUGACGGUCACAUGAAUGCUGAUGGGAGCAUUUCAGCCUCCAGAAACUUAAUACAAGCAGGGAUCAUCCACCGCCUGCAGUCCAGCACCGCUCUGCAUAUAUACAAAGCCUCUGUCUGUCACUUAAUAAGAAAGGCGCUGGCUGAGGACUUGCUGAUGCCAAGACCAAUUGAGUACCAAUUCUACAGACAAGCAUUCCUUGCCUGUGAUGCUUCACGCUGUCAUGAGUUUUCUAUAUGAACUUAUAUAGAUAGACAAAGAGAAAUGGAAGAUAUCCAUUAUGCACUGAGCUAAAAUAUGUAAAUACUCUAUGGAGUUGAGCUGUUUUAUUUUUCUUAAUGCAAGCAAGACUAUGCUGUAAAGCCGUGUUUGUCUUUGACAAGGCACCUGUGUUUAACAUUCUGCUGCCGUCUGGUCUGUUCUUUUGAAGCACUUGGACAAAAAUGGGACUGGGACCAAAACCCCUUAGUAUCCUUCUUUUACUUGAUUUUCUUCCAGCUGAAAAAGUGACUUUGCUGUACGUGAGGGAGAACAUUUCAGUUGUUUUUUUUUUUUGUUUUUUUUGUGCGAUUAAUGGUUCCUUUCCUCUUGUCAAGUGACUGAGAUAGAAAAACAGUACUGUGAAAAAGAAUUCCCCAUUUGUUACACUGAAUAACAGAAAAAAUGUUGUUUCACGCUGUUUAGGAUAUUUGUCCCUGAGGUUAAGAUUUCUUAAGCUGUGCAGUCAUAUGACUAAAUAGUUUAGUGAGGUCUCACUAUCGUCGUCAUCAUAGUUGUCAUGUGGUUGAAGGCCACGCAUUCAUGCUGCCAAGACGGCUGCUAGCCCGCAGAAAUCUGUCGGACAGAUUUGCUGUGUCUGCGCACUUAAAAUGGGUGAAAUCCAUCCUUCUCUUCCUGUUACUUUGGAAAAGUUAAGAUACAUGUUCAUGGAAAGGAGGAGGAAAGUAAAAAUGUGUUGUUAUCCAGCUAGUUGCACGUCAUCUUUCCAGCUUUUCUUAAUUUGUUUGCACUGAAUCAUACUUCAGUCUUCUACUGUUAAGUGUCUGUCUGUCUCUUUCUCCUAGUUGAUUUUCAAUGCGAGAGUCCUUCUAAAUCUGCCUAUCCUCCCUAACCUGUCCUCUAUAAACCCUGAUUAUAAAUGUCGUUCAUGAACAUUAGGGAAUAAAAUCACAGCUCUGCUUGCUUCCUGAGCCACUUUGUUCCAGAUCAACUACUCAAAGCUGAUUUGUUCCCCCACGUUCCCACCCACCACACGAUAACGCACACAUCACACACACAGAUGCACGCACAGCACUGGCUGGCUGGCAUUUCAGAUGGAAGUAAGUGAGUAUCUGCGUGUUCAUCUCUAAUCCCAGUUUAUGGCUACAGUGUGUGUUCUGCUGCUGCCCUUCCCCCCCCUCCUGCUCUUCCCUCAGUGUGCUACAAAGUCGGCAUGGCUUGCUUUCAAUUCAUUUCAAUCUCUGCUCCCUGAGAAUUACAACCAGCUGUAAAAAUUGUAGCACGUAACCUGUAAAGUUUGAAAACUGCUGUUUAAGUUGUGCUCUCAUUUGAACAUGUAUUAAACCCUUUUAUGAAGGUGUUAUGUUUUUGUUUGAAUUGUUUACUCAUGCUUUAAAACCACUGUUCCUGAAUGCAUCUUGCUGCCAUUGAAAUAUACAAAGGCGGGUUAAUGCUCAGUUUGUUUCUCAUGGUGCUUUGGCAAACCUGCCGAUUGAUAAACCAAUAAACCACUCUGGAUUUAUAAUGUCA